AUGGCUAAGACAUAUAAUUUUGAUUGGCAAAUCCAAGUGCCUGAACGAUUAGAGAAAGGUGAUUAUUUUGAUCGAUGGGAUGAAGAAAGCGGUGCAUAUGAACAAAAUUGUUUAUUUCGCGUCGAUCAUUAUGGAUUUUUUAUCUAUUGGCAAUCAGAUGGCAGAGAUGGACAAGUUAUCGAAUUAUCACAAGUGAGCGAUAUUAGGCCGGGAAAAGCUCCAAAUGAUCAAAAAAUGAAUAGUGAUUUAAUGGCAAGUGCUUUAAUGUAUGGACGUGGAAAUGUUGAUGAACGAACAGUAACAAUUUGUAGUGGACUCGAUUUAGUACAAAUUACUUAUACAAAUAUAACGGGUGCUGAUCCUGCAACAGCUAAAGCAUGGAUUGAAGGUCUACGAAAAAUAACUCAUAAUCAUAAAGCAAAUAAUAUAUGUCCAACAACAAGUUUAAGAAAACAUUGGAUGAAAUUAUCAUUUAUGUUAAAUACAAGUAAAAAAAUUCCAGUGAGAAGUAUCACUCGAACGUUUGCAUCAGGCAAAACGGAAAAAAUGAUAUUUCAAAUAUUAAAAGAACUUGGAUUACCUAGUGGAAAAAAUGAUGAUAUUGAACCAACAGAUUUUACUUUCGAGAAAUUUUGCGAUUUAUAUCAUAAAAUAUGUCCAAGAGACGAUGUUACAGAUUUAUUUAAAAUUUUAUCAAAUGGCAAAGAUUACAUAACUGCGAUAACAUUUGUUAAUUGGCUAAAUGAGACUCAACGUGAUCCACGUUUGAAUGAGAUAUUAUUUCCAUUUUAUGAUGAAAAAAGUGCAAUUAGAAUUAUUGAUACAUACGAACAGCGAGCCAAUUAUAAAGAUAGAGGCCAUUUGAGUUGUGAUGGUUUUGCCCGUUAUUUGAUGUCAGAUGAAAAUGCCCCAGUAUUUUUAGAUCGAUUAGAAGUACAUCACGAUAUGGAUCAACCUCUUUGUCAUUAUCUUAUUAAUUCAUCACACAAUACAUAUUUAUCCGGACGACAAUUUGGAGGAAAAUCAAGUGUAGAAAUGUAUAGACAAGUAUUAUUAGCCGGAUGCAGAUGUAUUGAAUUGGAUUGUUGGGAUGGUAAAAAUGAACAUGAAGAGCCAAUUAUUACUCAUGGAAAAGCAAUGUGUACUGAUAUUGUAUUUAAAGAAGUUAUUAUGGCAAUUCGUGAUACAGCAUUUGUUACAUCAGAAUAUCCUGUUAUUCUCUCAUUUGAAAAUCAUUGUUCAAAAAUACAACAACAUAAAUUAGCCAAAUAUUGUGAAGAUAUUCUUGGUGAUCUAUUAUUAACAAAACCAUUAGAAACACACAGUCUUAAACCUGGUGUUCAAUUACCAAGUCCAAAUAUGUUGAAGAGAAAAAUUCUCAUUAAAAAUAAACGUUUAAAACCAGACAUUGAACAAAAACAAUUGGAACAAUGGCGUCAAGGUCAAAUAAAUGAGGUUAAUAAUGAUACGGAAAUGGAUUCAGCAGCCAACGUAGAAGGAGAAGAUGGACCAGCUAUACUUGACGAAAUGAAAUUACGUGAACAAGACGACGAAGCUCAUCCAGAACUUAGUGUCGAUUUAAUCGAAGAUAAAAGAAAUCCAUUUUCGUUUGGAAAAACCAAGAAUAUUGCCUUAUCGAAAGAAGAAGAAGCAGCAUUAUUAAAUCAUUAUCAUUAUACAGGUGCCACAACGAACAUUCAUCCAUAUCUUUCAUCACUUGUUAAUUAUGCUCAACCAAUUAAAUUUCGUGGCUUUGAUGUUGCUGAACAACGAAAUAUACAUUAUCAUAUGUCAUCAUUUUCUGAAAAUAUAGCAUUAACACAUUUAAGACAAAAUCCUAUUGAAUUUGUUAAUUAUAAUAAACGACAAAUGUCAAGAAUUUAUCCAAAAGGUGGAAGAGUUGAUUCAUCAAAUUAUAUGCCACAAAUAUUUUGGAAUGCCGGUUGUCAAAUGGUUUCACUUAAUUUCCAAACAUCCGAUUUAGCUAUGCAAUUAAAUCAAGGAAAAUUUGAAUAUAAUGGAAAUUGUGGGUAUUUAUUAAAACCAAAUUUUAUGAUACGAAGUGAUCGUACAUUUGAUCCAUUUACCGAAAGUCCGGUCGACGGUGUUAUAGCUGCUCAUUGUUCAAUAAAAAUCAUUAGUGGACAAUUUUUAUCCGAUAAAAAAAUAGGUACCUAUGUUGAAGUCGAUAUGUAUGGUCUACCAGCUGAUACAAUAAGAAAAGAAUUUCGUACAAAAACCGUACCUGCAAAUGGACUCAAUCCAAAAUAUGAUGAAGAUUCAUUCAGAUUUGUAUUUAGAAAAAUUGUGCUACCUGAUUUAGCAUCAAUUCGUAUAGCUGUUUAUGAAGAAACGGGUAAAUUGAUUGGUCAACGUGUAUUACCUUUAGAUGGUUUACAAGCUGGCUAUAGACAUAUUUCAUUACGUACAGAAGGUAAUUUUCCAUUAUCAUUACCAACAAUAUUUUGUCAAAUUGUGUUAAAAACUUAUGUACCCGAUGGUAUGGGUGAUUUUGUUGAAUCAUUAAAUAAACCAAAAUUACUAAAACAAUCGGAAGAUCUGAUGCCAGUCUCAUUACCUAGUGGAAAUAGUACAUCAUCUUCAAUUAAAAGAAAUUUUGAUGGUAGUUUAUCGUCUUCCACUACAUCUUCAUUCAAACGUGAAACUUCGACAACAACUGAAUCGAACAUGUCUAUUGCUUCUUCAACCGUUACGACUACAACAGAUAGUGGUAUAUCAUUGAAAACUUCCAGUAAAGAUUGUCAACAAUCUCAAUCAGGUCAACAGACGAAUACUAUCAUCAUUACACUCGAUUAUUUACGACAAUUAAAGGGUUAUCAAAAAUUGGAGCGAAAACAAGAAAAAGAAUUACAAUUAAUGAAAAAGAAACAUUCAAAAGAACAACAAAUAAUUGGAGAACAACAAUCGAAAACUAUGGCAAAAGCUAAAUUAGACUACGAAAAACAUCGACAAUUAACUCCAAAAUCUUGUAUGGGACCACUGGGAAGUCAAUCGACACCAGAAAAAAGAAAAAAUUUAAGUAAUGGUGUAGCACCGAUUGAAACUCCCAAAAGUGAUCCAAAGGUAUGUCUGUUUAAUUGUCUAGAUUAAUAUUAUCCUUACUAGGCAUAUUCAUAUAACUUUAUGACGACGGCCUUAUUAUUUAUUGAUUCAUUUACUUUCUUAUUCGCUUUAUUGAAAUAUAAACUUAAGGGUCCCCUUUGGGAUUUUUUGUCUCCGAGUCUUGCCGUUUAGGAGUUUUCCAGAGAUCAAGGUCUAAAAAGGGCCUUGAAGUAUUUCCCAAGAUUUUUUAAUAUAUUUCAAGCUGGAGAGUUCGGGUUUGUUUUGUUUUAGGCUAGACACCUAACUACAGGGUGUUACAUAACCUUUUUCUACCCCCCUACACGACCUAAAGGACAGAUAAUAUCAGAAAGUAUUUAUACCAGGUUAAAGCCCAUCAAAAACUAGAUUUAUGAGUGUAAUUGAUAUUCCGUAUGAUGCUUAUUGGCUGUAGAAUUAUGG